AUGACAAAAAAUAAAGUGAGCAAACAAGAGAUACCAAUUUAUGAGGAGCAGCAAGAAAACGAUUAUGAUGCCACUGCGAGCACAUCCGGCGUAACAGGAUACGCUGGUGAAAACAAUCAACAUACCAACAGCGGUGCUGGUGGUGCGUUUAGUAAUACGAUUUACAAUUUGCAUGCAGCUGAUACAACGCACAAUAGCUUCCUCCCAAUGUUAGACUGGCAUGGCAAGACGGCAGCAGCUUUGUCAACAGCAGCCACAUCAGCCUCACCAUAUACUGUAGCCUAUCCAGCCUCAUCAUCAUCCUCGUCGGGAACUUUGCAUCAACAUCAGUAUCCACAACAGCAGCACGAACAACAAUCGAGCGAUAAAAUCUCCGAUGGCAAUUUUCUACAACAUUACGAGCAUAAUUCCGGUUACAAUGAACUUUCAGCAGCAACGACAUUUGAACAACAACGCCAUCAUCAACAACACUCACACCAACAACAGCAACAAUAUUUUAGUCCAAGUGCCGAUAGUUUUUCGCCACAUUCUGCAUUCUCGUAUGGCAGCAGUGCAGCGGAUGCGAGUGAGCAAAAUUUUUAUGAACAUCAGCACUUACCACCACACUCCCUGCCAUCCUCAGCAACGUCCUCGGCAACAGCUCAUGGCGGCGAUGGCUAUGAUGACGCCACUAAUUAUCUAUCGACCUCACAUGCCACAAAUACAAACAGCCAACCAGACGUUAUAAACUAUGUACCCUACCCGGUUGUGAAGAAGCUGCAUGUACCUGUACAUCAGCCUGUUAAGAUUCCUGUCUCGCAUGCUGUCAUUGUGCCAAUCAGCAAACCUGUGCCAAUACAAAUUCCUGUCGCACAACAGGUACAAGUGCCAGUCGAGAAGGAAUUAAAAAUACCUGUCGAACGUGUUGUGCCAAUUCCAGUGGAAAAGCAUAUACCAGUGCCGGUGGAGAAACGUGUACCCUAUCCCGUAGUCAAAUAUGUGCCCAUCAAAGUACCACGUCCUUUUCCAGUUAAGGUGCCUGUUUUCAAAACUGUGCUCCACAAGGUUAAAGGAAGUUGGUGGUAA